UCGACAUCUAUCAGUCUAUCACUACUCUCCUCUGACACCUUCACCGGUACUACCCAGAAGUCCUUCCCACAGGACAUCCAUCCAUCAGGGAUACUUAUCAACCCAAGGACCAAGACUGCCAGGAACCAGGGUAUUAUAGAAGGAGCAGCCAGCCUUAGUGAGUUGUCCCUGGGGGGGUCAACUCGAGAGGUUGAUGGGUACUAAGAAAAGUCUGUAGGGUUAGGUACAGAUGCACCUGUUUUACUGUCUGUUGGAGCCGACCCAGACACCAGAGCCUCACAGCUGGCCUGGGUACAUACUGUAAUAUAGUUCCACUUGGACAGAAAACACCAGCACCUUCUGAGGUAGUUGUACCCUUUUAACUCAAAUGAAGUGAAAGUGUGACAGGAGGAUUUUAUAAAGGAUUUAUGAUACACACAAUUCAUGUCAGGGAAAAGUAGUAUCUGUUUGACUCCUGAGCAGAAUGAAUCACCUGGCCCACCACAGUGAAAGAUGGGGUCUAGGCCUAAUGGAACGCUCAUGAUGUCUCUUCUGAAACUCUCAUUGUGAACUAUGGAACACUCUGGUUCACCUCUGACCCCCAACCUCAGUGAUACUACAGCCAAUGACAGCCUGCGGUGGGGGCUGGGGUCGCCCUUCGUCUCGGCCCCUAGCAAACAGCUGGGCACCUUGCCCAACGCCCAGACCCACUUCAAGGACCUGUCAGGGAUAUUGUUCAUGGUGACCUUGAACGUGGUGGCCCUUCUGGCUAACACAGCCGUGCUGGUGGUGGUGGUCAAGGCCCCGCACCUCAGGAAGUUUGUCUUUGUAUGCCACCUGUGUGCGGUGGACCUGCUAUGUGCCGUACUGCUCAUGCCCCUGGGCAUUGUGUCCAAUUCGCCGUACUUCGCCAGUGUGGUGUUCACAGUACUGGAGUGCCAGGUAUACGUCUUCCUCAACGUGUUCCUCAUCGCAGCCUCCAUCUUCACCAUCACGGCCAUCAGCGUGGAGCGUUACUACUACAUUGUCCACCCCAUGCGCUAUGAGGUGAAGAUGACCCUGAAGCUGGCCACAGUCGUCAUGGUCCUGGUCUGGGUAGCCUCAGGCCUGCUGGGGCUGGCCACUGUGUUCGGCUGGCCCAGCUACAGCAGCCUGAGCUCCAUCAGUGCCGCCCACUGCUCCCUGCACUGGAGCCACAGCAGCCACCGCCGGGCCUUCUCUAUCCUCUUCACAGUGGCCUGUUUCUGCCUGCCUGCUGCGGUCAUCUUCGCUGUGUACAGUAACGUCUAUAAAGUGGCCCGCAUGGCGGCUAGACAGCAUGGACCAUUACCAUCCUGGACGGCCAGUCAUCCUAAACACCGCUCUGACUCCAUCAACAGCCAGACCACAAUCAUCACCACCCGCAGUGCCCCCAGGAGGCUGCACCACCACAGGCCCUUCGGUGGGUGCAAGGCCGCCCUCACCCUGGUGGUCAUUGUGGGCCAGUUCCUGCUCUGCUGGCUGCCUUACUUCUCCUUCCACCUGCACCUGACUAUCAACAACCAGCCCAAGAUCCCCGCCGACCUAGAGAAGGCCGUCACCUGGCUGGCGUACUCCUCCUUCACCGUCAACCCUUUCUUUUACGGGCUGCUGAACCGCCAGAUCAGGGAGGAGCUGUGUAAGCUGCGGCGCUGCUACUCUGUCCGGCCCGUCGAGCUGGCCAUAUCCAGCAGCCACGAGGGCUCGGCCCACGAGAACUUCCUGCAGUUCCUCCAGAGAACCAGCUGUACGGUGGAGACCAGAGCCAGCUUUACCUGCACAUCCAGCCCCAGGAACACCCUGGACCAAACUGGGCAGCAGACGGCUGGCUUCAGGAUACCUGGGCAGAUACCUGAGGAUUUCAGUUAAAACGCCCCUGAUUUAUUAACCUGGUCCCCACUUAUAUACUGUCACUGUAUUGACACUGGUACCUGUCUGCUGUUAUUGGCAGAAGAGUUACGUUAAAACUGUUAAGCCUGGACAAGACUGGGCAGAUUUCUGGGUUGAAGAUACCAUGGCAGAUGCCUAAGGACUUCAGUAACAAUACUCGUAGAUACUAUACGCAUGUCAUGCCACUGGCAUCUACUGUAGUUGACUGCUGUAACAGUGUGGCAACAGUACUACCAGCUACACACUGCCCUGGAUUUAAAACACACAUAGACAGCACUUGGAAGGGACAACAAAUAGAGUGUUUUUCUUUUGAUAUUUCUAGUUUGUUAAUUAGAUUGAGUUUAUUCUGCAUCCAGAGGUGAGUCCAGAAUCCAGCAUAUAACUGAAGUGCAUUAUGUGCUGAAAAAUACAAUUUUCUCAAUUAUGAAUUGUUAUUUCUAGCUACAACUACCACUAAUAGAGAGAUUAAUUCAGCUACCUACCACCAACCAUUCCAAUCACCUAUAUUUGUACAUAUUCUACUACCACUUCUACUACACAUACCACCAGUACACAUUUUGAGUUGAAAGACAAUACAAAUUGUAUUUCCUCUGUAUCAAAUGUUCACUGUCUAUUUAUUAUUAAUUCCAUGUUCAAUGCAGGGAGCAUUCAACAUUUUAAGUGUAACAGUUGAGUUAUUUCUUUUACACAAAAUCAAACUUGAUACUUUUACUAUUUGGUUCUCAAUUGAGGUUUAAUUGCAAUAUACUUAACUAUAUACAGUAUGUUUCUUACAAAGCAAUGCGUUAUUGUCCGUUAUCAUAAAUGGAAGCACAUUGCAUUCAAUAGGCUACCUUUUUACAGGUGAUGGCAGAGACUACACUCUCAAAGGGGACUUCUUUCUAUAUGGGCAAGUUGAUUUUGCUUUAACUGUACA